AUGACCAGACAUGACUCCCAGCACAGGUCUCCUGGUCUGGGCGGCACCAGGGCAGCUCUGGUUCCCACCUCCAGGCGCUUACAGUCUUGGAGAGGGCGUCAGGCAGGUGUAGCUACCCAGCGGGACCAACACCCUGACCCCGUCAUGGAUGGGGGCAAGGGGCCCAGGAUCAGAGACUUCCUGAGUGGCAGCCUGGCCACCUGGGCGCUGGGACUAGCCGGGCUGGUGGGGGAGGCGGAGGAGCCGGAGGGGGAGGAGGAGGAGGAAGGAGAGGGGCCUCUGUGUCCGGAGAAGAGGUUCUUGCGUCUCAGCGAUGGGGCCCUGCUCCUGCGGGUGCUGCGCAUCAUUGCUCCCAGUUCCCGAGGGGGCCCUCGAAUGAUCAGGGGCCGUGACAGCCCCGCAGCCUGGCGGGUGUGGAACCUGAACCACCUGUGGGGCCGACUGAGGGACUUCUACCAGGAGGAGCUGCAGCUGCUGAUCCUGUCGCCGCCCCCAGACCUCCAGACGCUGGGCUUUGACCCCUUCUCAGAGGAGGCGGUGGAGGAGCUGGAAGGCAUCCUUAGGCUACUGCUGGGGGCGUCAGUGCAGUGUGAGCACCGGGAACUGUUCAUCCGCCACAUCCAGGGCCUCAGCCUGGAGGUUCAGAGCGAGCUGGCUGCUGCCAUCCAGGAGGUGACCCAGCCCGGGGCGGGCUUGGUGCUGGCGCUGACUGGGCCGGAGACUGGGGAGCUGGCAACUCCGGAGCUGGAGAUGCUCUCCCGGAGCCUGAUGGGGACACUGCUGAAGCUGGCACGGGAGCGCGACCUGGGGGCCCAGCGGCUGGCCGAAGUGCUGCUGGACCGGGAGCCUGCCCCCUUGUUGCCUGAGACUCCCGCCAGGAUUCCCUCGGAGGGGGCCUCGCGCACCUUGGCCCUGCAGCUGGCCAAUGCCAAGGCCCAGCUGCGGCGCCUCCGGCAGGAGCUCGAGGAGAAAGCAGAGUUGCUGCUGGAUUCCCAAGCGGAGGUGCAGGGCUUGGAGGCCGAAAUCCGAAGGCUCCGCCAGGAGGCCCAGGCGCUGACGGGACAGGCCAAGCGGGCCGAGCUGUACCGCGAGGAGGCAGACGCGCUGCGGGAGCGGGCGGGCCGCCUGCCCCGCCUGCAGGAGGAACUGCGACGAUGCCGAGAGCGCCUCCAGGCUGCCGAGGCCUGCAAGGGCCGGCUAGAGGAGGAGCGGGUGCUCUCGGGGACUCUGGAGGCCUCCAAGGCGCUCCUGGAGGAGCAGCUGGAGGCCGCUCAGGAGCGCUGUGCUCGGCUGCACGAGACCCAGCGUGAGAACCUGCUGCUGCGGACUCGGCUGGGCGAGGCCCAAGCGGAGCUGGACUCCCUGCGGCAUCAGGUGGACCAGCUUGCAGAAGAGAAUGUGGAGCUGGAACUGGAGCUUCAGCGGAGCCUGGAACCACCCCCAGGCUCCCCUGGGGAGGAACCCCUGCCUGGAGCCGCUUCUUCGCUGCAUGAUGAAGUGAGGGAGGCAGAGGCUGGGCGGCUGCGGACCCUGGAGCGGGAGAAUCAGGAGCUUCGAGGCCUGCUCCGGGUGCUGCAGAGGCAGCCAGGUGGCCAGCCCCCCCUACUGGAGGAGCAGAACGAAGACUCGGUGAUUCAAGAGCCGGACUCAGCUCUGCAGACUUGCCUGGCCUCAGACCCCGACCCCCAGGCCUUGGCUGCUCAGGCAGCGGAUGAAGGCCCCCAGGCCUCAGACCCAGCUCCCUUGGCAUUUGAGUCAGCCCUUGAGGGGGCAGCAUCUGAUCUGGACCCGCAGGUGGUGGAGAGGCCUCUCCAGACGGAUGUCGUGGUCCCUGCAGACUCCAUGCCCCAGGAGUCAGACCCCGACACAGAGGCACAGGAGUUCCCAAAGAAGGCUGGUCUGGGACCCCCUCUCCGGACCCCUGCCUCUGUGACCCCACCUCAGAGUCCCGAGGUUAACAUUCAGGCCCAGCUGUCUCUGGGAGGAGAGACUGGGGAGUCGGUGCCGGAGGCCCCGAGGGUAAAACAGGAGGACCCUGAGAGCAAGCCGGGACCCUCGGAGACCAGCCUGUGUGUGCGGUUGGAGGAGCAGGGGACCCUAGACCAGAGGCUGGACCUAUCCGAGGGGCAAACAGAGGCCAGAGAGCAUGAACAGAGGGUGGGGGGGUUGGUCGCGGAUGCAACCGAACAAAAGCCGCAGAAGAAACUGGAAGGGGCUCCUGAGGUCCGGACCCGGGAGGCGUGGGCCCCCGAGGAGAUCCUGGUCAGUGGUGUCCCCCAGCGGGAGGCCCUCCAGGAGGAGGCGGUGCGGCUGAAGCGAGAGGCUGAGGCCCUCCGAGCAGAUCUGGAGGCCCAGGCCCGGAGGCUGGAGGCCCGAGGCACGGAGGCUGCCCGCCUCUCGGAAGAGCUGGCUCAGGCCCGGAGGGCAGAGGCUGAGGCCCACCGGGAGGUGGAGGCCCAGGCCCGGGAGCUGGCCCGGUUGCGGGAGGCGGUGGAGUCUUCUGCCCGGGAGCUGGAGGCUGCGUCGCGAGAGCGGGAGGCGCUGGCGGAGGCGCUGGCAGCAAUCGGCCGUGAGCGGAGGCAGUGGGAGCGAGAGGUGCCCAGGCUGCGGGCCCGAGCCGAAGAGGCCGAGGAGCAGCUGCACGUGCUGGAGGGCGAGGGCCGCAGGCACCUGGAGGAGGCUGAGAGGCAGCGCCGGGAGAAGCAGGCCCUCCAGGAGGAGCUGGAGAAGGCUGUGGUGCGGGGCCGGGAGCUGGGGGCCCGGCUGGAGCGUCUGCAGAAUGAGCUGGAACGGGCAGCCCUGGAACGCCAGGAAUUUCUGCGGGAACAGGAGUUCCAGCACCAGAGGUACCAGGGCCUGGAGCAGCGGCUGGAAGCUGAGCUGCAGGCGGCGGCCACCAGCAAGGAGGAGGCACUGAUGGAGCUCAGAAAGAGGGCCCUGCAGUUGGAGGACGAGCUGUUCAAGCUGCGCCAGGGCGCUGCGGGGCUGGGGUCCCAGGAGAAGACAGAGCCCAAGGGCACGGAGGCCCAGAGCGUGCGGCUUAUCGAGGUGGAGCGCACUAAUGCCACGCUGGCAGCAGAGAAAGCUGCUCUUCAGGGCCAGCUGCAGCACCUGGAGGGGCAGCUGGGGAGCCUGCAGGGGCACGCCCAGGAGCUGCUGCUGCAGAGUCAGCGGGCCCAGGAGAACAGCAGCCGCCUGCAGGCCGAGAAGUCUGUACUGGAGACUCAGGGCCAGGAGCUGCACCGGAAGCUGGGGCUGCUGGAGGAGGAGGUGCAGGCAGCACGGCGCUCCCAGGAGGAGACCCGCGGACAGCAGCAGGCCCUGCUGCGGGACCACGAGGCCCUGGCGCAGCUGCAGCGGCGGCAGGAGGCUGAGCUGGAGGGGCUGCUGGCCCGGCACCGCGACCUCAAGGCCAACAUGCGGGCUCUGGAGCUGGCCCAUCGGGAGCUGCAGGGCCGGCACGAACAGCUGCAGGCCCAGAGGGCCAACGUGGAGGCGCAGGAGGUAGCCCUGCUGGCAGAGCGUGAACGCUUGGUGCAGGAUGGGCAUCGGCAGCGGGGCCUGGAGGAGGAGCUCCGGAGGCUGCAGAGUGAGCAUGACAGGGCUCAGAUGCUGCUGGCGGAGGUGUCCCGGGAGCGCGGGGAGUUAUAG